AGCAUCGCGGCAACACGCCCUUUCCAUCCUACAGUCCCCCCAUGGGCCCUGUGAGCGAGCGGAAAGGCUCCAUGAUCUCCAUGCUGUCGACGGACGGCAACACCGAGACUCCUGUGAGCAAGUUCAUGGAUCGCUUGUUGUCCCUGAUGGUCUGCACCCACGAGAAAGUGGGUCUGCAGAUACGGACCAACAUUAAGGACCUCGUCGGCCUGGAGCUGAGCCCUGCCCUCUACCCAACGCUUUUCAACAAAUUAAAGAACAACAUCAGCAAGUUCUUCGACUCGCAAGGGCAGGUCUUGUUAAAUGAUACCAAUACCCAGUUUGUGGAGCAGACCAUCGCGAUCAUGAAGAACCUGCUUGAUAACCACACCGAAGGCAGCUCGGAACACCUUGGGCAAGCCAGGAUUGAGACCAUGAUGCUGAAUCUAGUUAGGAAAGCAAGGGUGUCCGGUUCUAGACCCAACAAUCACACAGAAGCAAGCUGA